AUGGCCUGUAACCCAGGAAGAUCACCCAGAGGGCGAAGUAAUCCAUCCCAUGCCAGGAAGCCUUUCCUGCAGAUGAUCCUGGCCAAUGGGUCCCUCCCAGACUACCGCACAUGGUCUGAGCGUGAGUUUCUCCUCACGGAUAAGCCGGGGGAAUUGCCUGGCUUCACCCGGCAAGUCUACCACCAGCUGGUUCGGAAGCAGCCACCCUGCACAGACAUCAAGUCCAGGCUGCGCCACCAAGUAAACCAACCGUGGAAGGAGAAAGCCGAGCACACUUGGGGCUUCCACACGUGGCUUGACGUGGGGCGCUUGCCCGCCACCUUUCCCAGCAGGCCGGAAAGACCCUAUGAUAGCAAUGUGUGGCGCUGGCUGACGGACUCCAGGGCCCACCGCCAUCCCCCAGCAGAGCCCCCCAUCCCCCCGCCCUCCUGGAUGGGUCACAACACCUAUAUGCACUUCAUCAGCUGCGCUCCUAUCUUCUUGAAUGAGUAUAAAAAGGAACGGGCGAUUCUAAGGGCAAUGAAAGAACUAAAAGAAGUGGAGAAACUCAAGCUGAGGAGUGAAGCAAGGGCACCUCCACUUGACACCAAUGGCAACAUCCUGCCACCAAAGAACUUCAAGAAGUAUCUCCACUUCUCAGCUGGUGGAAGGUUUGAACCCUUCGGCUUCCAGCUUCUGCCCAACCCACUUCCCAGUGAUUCUGCCAGGAGCAGGCCCUGUCCGAACCCUCUGCCUCACUACCAGGAGAAGGUGCUAAAGCUGGCCUUCUUGCCAAGUGCACCCCUGGGAAAGGACCUCGUGAAGAAUUUCCAAACCCUGAUAAAGGACCGCAUUGCCUUGCCCCUCCACAUUCUCUCCAAGGCACAACCCAGCAAAGCCUUUUCCAGGAAGAGAAAAAGAAGACCUGCACACACCUUGA